AUGUCAGAGAUUACAAAAGAGGGGCCUAAAGACCUGGAAAUUGCAAAGGUCGGGGAGGUGGUUGACAAUAACCACAGAGAAGACGCAGAUGUUGCUGCCAAGUUCUUGCGCGAGCUGGACCCGGCCGUGCUGGCUGAGCCCAUCACACCGACUGAGGCUCGCAAGGUGUUGUGGAAAAUCGACUUGAUCAUGAUUCCCAUGAUUAUGGUCACUGUGGUCUUGGCCGCUGUCGACAAAGUCAUCAUCUCCAAUGCGGCCAUCUACGGGAUGAAAACAGAUACCCAUUUGGUGGGCAAUCAGUAUUCCUGGGUCGGUUCGAUCUUUUAUUUUGGAUACUUGAUAGCUGAAUAUCCUGCCGCAUUUGUCAUUCAGCGGUUACCCAUCGCCAAAUUCUAUGCGGCUUGCAUCAUGGGAUGGGCAAUCCUCUUGAUGUGCACGGCGGCGACUCACAAUUUCGCUGGUCUGGCUACAACUCGGUUUAUCAUGGGCAUGCUUGAAUCCGUCACUUUUCCGAUAUCCAGCAUCUUAACAGUCAUGUGGUGGACUACUAAUGAACAGCCUAUUAGGGUUGCAUUUUGGUUCAACCAGCUGUCUUCCGUCUUUGCCGGUCUUGUGAGCUAUGGCAUUGGCCAUACGACAACUGGUCUCCAUCCCUGGCGCCUGUUGUUCCUUGUUUUAGGAGCUUUCACGGUUGUUUGGUCUGUGAUGGUCUAUAUUUUCCUUCCAGAUUCACCUGUGAAAUGCUGGUAUAUGUCUGAUCGAGAAAAAUACGUCUGCCUUGAGCGUGUCAAGGAUAACAACACAGGAGUUGAAGAUAAAACGAUUAAGCUAUAUCAAGUGCGAGAGUGCCUCGCAGACCCCAAAACCUGGCUCCUCGCGUUAUUCUCGCUGGCACAAAACAUCCCUAACGGAGGACUAGUAACUUUUGCUGCUAUCAUUGUCUCCGGACUAGGCUACUCCUCUCUAGUUACAACAGUGCUAGGAAUUCCAACAGGAGUGUUAGCCACCGUCUGGCAACUUCUGCUUUCUUUCAUUGCUUCACGUUUCCGAAACACGCGCUGCCUAGUCAUUGCUCUGUCCAAUCUCGUGCCUAUGGUCUGUGCCAUUCUGAUGUGGAAAUUACCUCGAGAUAACAAGCACGGCCUUUUAGCGGCCUACUAUGUCUUCUACACCUACUGGGGCCCGUAUGUGCUGUCCACGUCGCUGCCAAUGGCUAAUACUAGUGGCCACUCCAAAAAGCUGACUAUGAAUGCUAUCUACUUCCUGGCCUACUGUGUCGGGAAUAUCGUCGGCCCCCAGCUCUUCCGCUCAUCUGAUGCGCCGGCUUAUUCCCAUGGAUACGAAGGCCUUCUGGCGUGCUUGGUUGUCGCAAUUGUCUCUAUUUCUGCUUAUGGGUUUUUGUGCCAUAUGGAGAAUAGGAGACGUGACCGAGAACACCGUCAACCUACGGAAGUCGCGUUGAAUGCGUUCUCCGACCAGACUGAUAAGGAGAAGAAGGAUUUCAGGUAUACUUAUUGA